UAAACCACUUCUACCUUGGCACGUUCUUGCUUUCGAAACGCUACCCAUUACGUGUCGUUUACCGAAACAGUUGUUGCUGAUUCUCCAUCUUCAAAGAAGGCGAGCCCUCGUGGUUUAACUGCUGCUAUGAUGUCGUCGUAUUCAAGAAGAUCAAGGUAUUCUCCUUCUCCUUCUCCAUUCAAGCGGUAUAGCAGGUCCGUGUCCAGGUCUCUUUCAAGGUCGAGGUCAAGAAGCCGUUCAAGGAGCCCAUCAAGAGAUGUAGAAAAUCCAGGAAACAAUUUGUAUGUGACAGGAUUGUCUCCUAGGAUCACCAAGAAAGAACUGGAGAGGCAUUUUGCUGCUGAGGGAAAGGUGAAGGAUGUACAUCUGGUAGUUGAUCCAUGGACAAGGGAAUCCCGUGGGUUUGGGUUUGUGACAAUGGAGACACUUGAGGAAGCUGAACGAUGCUUAAAGUAUCUGAAUCGGUCUGUACUUGAAGGGCGUGUCAUCACUGUAGAGAAGGCUAGAAGACGACGUGGUCGAACCCCAACACCUGGGAAGUAUCUAGGGCUGAGGACUAUUCGCGCACGUAGACGCUCCCCAAGCUACUCUCCUCGUCGGUCUCCCGGUUAUUCUCCAUACAGAAGAAGCUAUAGUCGUUCACCAUAUUCUUCAGAUCGUAGUAGGAGUCGUUCUUAUUCUCCUGACUACCGACGGAGGAGGUCUUAUUCUCCUGAAUACCGGCGAAGGAGCUCAUACUCUCCAUACCACAGCCAGCACAGGUCAUAUUACGAGAGACGCAGGUCAUAUUACGAUAGACGCAGGUCAUAUUCUAGGUCUCGCUCCCCUUAUAGCAGGUCACCUGUAAGCAUGCGUGACAGAUCAUACUCUCCCUAUGACUCGAGAUAUGACUCACCUGAUGAUCACUACUACAGAAGGCACCGUUACAGGUCAGUCUCUCAAAGUGUCUCACCCAGGCCAAGGAGAAGGUCAAGAAGGAGCUAUUCAAGAAGUGCCUCUCCUGUUCGAAGGAGGAGCUAUUCACCUAGUGUUUCCCCCAUGCCAAGGAAGAGUUAUUCGAGAAGCUCUAAAAGAAGUGCUGGUUAUUCGAAACGUAGGCAUUCAAGAAGCCCAAGUGUGAGUGUGAGUGCAAGUUCAAGAUCAGUAUCAAGAUCGAAUACUCCUAGAUCUGCCUCUCCUUCAACUUGAAAUUUGUUGGACCGAGAUCCGGCUUGACAUCUUAGGGUUAUAGUUGGUAUUGGUGUGAAGAGGAUAUAUGUAGUUAUAGAUUAGAUGUGAGUAUUUCGUUUUAGUUUUGUUCAGGACUAGUAUCGAGAGGCCUUAAUGCAUGCUAUUUCGUUGUUAGCUUUAGCGCUCAGGACUUGCAUCAAGACACCUAAUGCAUGCUACUUUAUUUUACUAUCAUCUCUAUAAUAUCAUGGGUGCUGUGUUGCGCUGUUGCUGUUAGUA